UUCAAAAUCGCAUUUACACCGGCACACAGUCAACACACACACGCACACUCUCUCUCUCUCUCUCUCUCUCUCUCUCUUAUCAUCCAACCACACCACCACUGGACCGCUCCCUCUCGCUCCUAAACCCUAGAGAAAUGUCCUCCAGGCUCAAAGAGAGGGGAGGAGCGGGUGGAAAGAUCACCGCUUCCAAGCCCGGAAAAACCCUAUCCCUUAAUUGUCACCAGGACAAGCCAAGAUCGCAGUGUAUCCCCCUCGCUGCACCCCAGAAAGAGCUCCCACGAUCCACCUCUGUCUGUCGGCCCUCUAUUCCUCGGCUCGACCAUAAUGGGAAGGAGAAUCCCCGGCCCAUCUCCGCAGGUCGGCCGUCUAUAUCCGGCUCUUUUACCGGAAAAGAUAAACCAAGACCCCUCUCAGCCGGCCGGCCUUCCGUUGCUCGAUCUGAGAAUCCGCCGCUCAAGCAUGCCCAGAAGCCCGCAGCCGCUGUCAUCCGCUCUGCAUGUUCCCUCUCCAGAGGUAAAGUUACUGAUUUUCGUUGCGAUAACAUCCCUAGACUUUCUGGCUUCCCGGAAAGAAGAAGCUUUUCUGGAUUUAGGACUUUGGAUAAGGAAUUGGCGGGAAAAUGCCAACUGGUUAAGAAUUCUGGUGUAAACAGUGAGAAAUAUGUGAACUUGAUGAGAGGGGUUACAGAUGUCUGCAAAUCGAAAGGAUUUCUGGGCGCAAAGCCUCAGCAGUGUUCUUAUAAGGCUUUAAAGAAAGUUGCUCGUAAAGCUGAAGAAUUGGACAUUGGUCACUCUGAUUCUCAAAACUUUGUCAGGAAAGAUUUUUCUGGUUUUAACGCGAAGCCAGCUGAUAGGAUCGGGAGCAAUGGGGUUAUGGUUUUAGAAAGUCACGCAGACGAAGUUGUUUCGGUCGAUGCAAAUGAAACAGUGGGAAGCGACAAAGAUGAUGCGGGCCAUGCUCAGAGCUUAAUGAACAAGGGGGCCUUGGAUUUGAUUUCUAAAAACCUCUGCGAGACGGGAGGAGGGGUUCAUGUUGAUAAUACAGCAGUUCAUAUUGAGAAAAAUUGCUUGAAUUUAGGUUUUGAAACAGUAGUAGCUAAGGGAAAUGAUGGGGUGGAAGCCGUGAAGGAGGUUUGCUCUGCAGCUACUGCUAAUGGCUAUCAGAGCAACCUCCAUGAGAAGCUUGCACUACUAGAAUCUAAAGUUCUUAAAAUAGCCAUGGAGAUCAAGCAGACCAAAGACAUGUUAGACAAGAACAAACCAGGUAAAUCAAGUCUAGUUCUUUCUGACAUCCAGAAGAAAAUAUCUGGGGUUGAAAAAGCAGUGCAUGACAUUAAAGAUGGGGCUAAAUUUGACUCAUUUUCUUCGUCUUCAGUCAAACUUGACGAUUGUGUAGUUUCAAAUCUGUCACAGAAAACAAGGAAUUCAUUACCUUCCAUAAAAAGCUCGAACCUUGAUGAACUGGAAGCUAGGUUCUUCCCACAUCAUAAGUUAAUGAGGGAUCGCCUUUCAUCGGUCAUCUCAGCAGAACAGGGUAGUAUCUGUGAACCGGCUUGUUUGAGGAUUAAUGGAGGCCAAAAUAUCGAUGAUGGUUUGACUGAUGAAAACCUCAUUGGACUGGACUUUUUGGCUUCUUUAAGAGAAGAGCAGUCUAAACCUAAAAAGUUUGAUGUAAACAUCCAAUUCACUCAUGGCAUGGUGAACAAAAUGCAACCUGAGAAUAUAUCAUCUGUUCAAAAUGAUUCAAGGAGCAUGACUAGAGGGCAACAACAGGAGGUUGAUUUGGAAUCUAAUGAAAAAAUUGAAGAAGUUGGUACUCCAGAGAAUUAUCCUCCAUCAAUGUCAUGUAUAGGUACCGAGGAGUCUAAUAUUCAUCAGCUGUCUGAAAUUGGUAGGAAGGUUUCAACUGGGGGAUGGUUUGUUUCUGGAGGAGCUGUUCUUCUUGCUCACGAUGAUAAUUCUUGUUCCUACUAUGACAUUUCCAACUCAGAGGUGAAGUCUGAAUACAAAUCUCCAACUGGUUUUCCGAGUAAUUUAUGGGGCGACUGUUGGUUAAUUCGUGCACCUGGAAUCGAUGGAUGCUCUGGACAAUAUGUUGUUGCAGCAUCAGCUGGAAAUGCUUUAGAGUCUGGAUUUUGUUCCUGGGACUUCUACACAAAAGAUGUUAAAGCUUCUCGUGUUGUGGGGGGGAAAGAAAAUACCUUUUCAGGCUCAUCAAGCAGAACUGAGGUGUCUUCCAUUACCAGAAGCUCCCUACACGCAUUGGAAAAUCGAUCUAAUUGGUGUAGGCCGUGUGGACCAUUGCUGAUCUCCACAUCGAGCGGGCAGAAGGUCGUGCAUGCUUAUGAUAUCCGUGACGGUGAUCUGGUGAUGACGUGGGAAGCGAGUGGUUUGGUUGCUGAGAUGGAAUACUCAAGCCCUCUGCAAUGGAGGAACAGGGGGAAGGUUAUAAUAGCGGAGAGGGAAGCCAUUACUCUUUGGGAUGUUAAUUCGCUCAAUCCACAGCCAACCCUAUCUGUACCUUUUGUUGGCAAAAAAAUAUAUUCGCUUCAUGUGAACAACACAGAUGCUGAGAUAGGCGCUGGCAUCCGUCAAAGGGCGAGCUCUACUGAAGUGGAGGGGAACGAUGGUGUUGUAUGCACUCAGGAUAGUCUUAAUGUGUUUGAUUUUCGAGUUCCUUCGGGCAUAGGACUCAAGAUAUCCAGGCAUGGCGCCAAUGCUCUCUCCAUCUUCUCCCGCGGCGACUUCAUUUUACUCGGGAGCACUGAAGGAACAUUAUCUGUGAAGAGCGGCAGCCUGCGCUCACAUGUCGAGCAUUUUUCGCUCCGCAAAGCGAGUCUUGUGGCCACCUAUCUGAUGCCAGAAUUCAACUCUCAUUAUCAUCACUCAUCAAUCACUCAAGUUUGGGGAAACUCCAAUAUUGUUAUGGGCAUAUGUGGCAUGGGACUGUUUGUGUUUGAUGCUUUGAAUGACCAUGGAAACACAGAUGCAGUGAAGGAAACUAUUGGUCCAGAUGAUUUAUUUCGACCGACGUUUGAUUAUAUGGAUUCGAGGGUGCUUGUUAUAUCGAGGGACCGACCCGCAUUUUGGAAGUAUCUGCUAUAGAUUUGUAUGUGUAUGUGGUUGUUCUGUAGCAGUCAAUGACUUCACAGUCUAUUUUAGUUUGAACAGCAGCAGAUGCUUGCUUCUCUCUAGUUGUAGAAAUGAAAAACUUUGGUCUUUAUUUCAUAUUGUGCUGAUUUUUUUUUCUAUAAAUGAAUCCUCUUACUAUCU